AUUUGCUACACUUUAUUAUGCAGAUAAAUAUGGAAAAACUCUGAAGCAUACUCAACUUAAUCUAAAUCUUUAUUAGAUAUAUGGGUAAUUAAACGCCGGUGACCAUGAAUACCUUUUAUAUAAACAAGUGCAUUAAAUUUGAGUGAAGUUAAUAAUGGUAAUAAUUAAUUUUCAAGCAUAGAAAAACCAAAGUCGUUGAAAACUUGUAACCUCCUACUUUCAAACUAUUAUUUAAAAAAAAUAAAUAAACUAUAAUAAAAAUAAAGAAGUAUGAAUUAAAAUGGAUACAAAAACAAGAACUGUUACUAAUUCAGCUGAAAAAAUGAACAAUAUUUUACGUAGUCCUGUAGCAAUAGAAAAAAGAUCAGGCCCUUUAGAUUGUUUGCUUGAUGAGCUUAGUCUAAUUGAUGGCAUUGAUGGGAGCACUAGUAUGUUACCAAGUAAUUCAGAUCUUAUAAAUAUUAAUCAAAAAUCAAACCAAACCUCUUCAGACAAACCAACUAAAUCAUUGGCAAAACCUAUUGCAUUUUCAAAACCGCUUUCAAGUCGUCGUCGUCAACAUUCAAAAGAUAAAGAUAAAAAACGUGAGAGGUGGCUUUUAACGCGGAAAACAUGGAGAUAUAUGGCUGAUGCUGGACGGAAGUUAUUUCCUGAUGGAGCGCAUAAUGGAGCAUUAGAGAAUAUAUCUGAAAUAGAGGCACAGUUUCAGAGUGUAUGUGCCUCAGAGUCUCGAUUUAUAUUAUGGCGUAGAAAAGGAUCCUUUCCAGGUGCAACAAAACAACGUCUUAGAAUACUUUCACGUCAUCGAUUUAAUCAUGCUUCACAUCUUCUUCACAAAGAAGAAAAGGUUAAUGAAAAUAUUGAUAAAACUAUUGAAAUUUUACAAUAUUAUCUUAAAAUUAAUGAUUCAUUUAAGACGACUUUUUUGCUAGGCAGCAAAACCGUCCGACCUGACCAAACUACUUCGCCUAGCUCACAGCGUCCUUUGAACAACGUGUCGACUAAUCGGUUUUCCUCAGUCAGUGUCGGUAAGGCUUUCGAAUCCGGUGAGCACAGUGCAGAACAUUAUGAGCUAUUUGAACGAUUAAAAGAAUUGUGUCAAAGCGCGCCAUUGCGGAAUAUACAAUUGAAUGAUAACACCAUAACACCGGCGAUUGUUCAAGAUACUGUGCUUCUUAAGAAAAUCUAUAAUAUAUUAAAAAGCAUCAGCUGCACCGCAUAUUACAUUCCUCCGAACCAAUGAAACCAUGUCUACGGCGCGCAUCCUCCUUCUCAAGUUUGCUUAAUUAUUCAAAUACUAGUUAUAAAAAUAUAUCUAGACGUAACGCACAAGAUAUUUUGCUUAUUAAUAAAGAGACGGUACUUACAAAACGCCAA